UUCCGGGAGGUUGAGAGUGUUACACAGGAAGUAGUCCUGAAUCAUCCCGGCGACCAGUUUCGAAGUACCACUAUACGACACUGUCGAUUUAUUCAUUACAUGUUCACAUAAUUUAAAGUUGUGUCAUAGUCCUCGUUUAAAAUGUUGAUCAAAGUGAAGACGCUGACUGGAAAAGAAAUAGAAAUUGACAUUGAGCCCACAGACAAGGUGGAGCGAAUCAAAGAAAGGGUGGAAGAAAAGGAAGGGAUACCACCUCAACAACAAAGGCUUAUCUACAGCGGAAAACAGAUGAAUGAUGAGAAGACGGCAGCAGACUACAAAAUCCAAGGAGGCUCAGUGCUCCAUCUGGUGUUGGCGUUAAGGGGAGGCAAAGCAUACCACACACCUGAUGUACAACUCCUAGUGUCAUGAAUGACACAUGACAUGAUGCCAGCUGUGUGCCAAUGCUAGAGUUGUCCCGACUGCAUUUGACCCAUGUUACAACAAAACAAGAUCACCUGUUCCACCUUAAAAGAAAAAUGGAAGCUGUGUUCCCUUUGUUAAUGAUUUUUGAAACCCACAUUGGCUUUCUGAGUUUGUGCCAUUCAGACAGGCACUCAUGCAGUUUUAACAAUGCUGUGGUAAUUCAUGCUUGUGAAUAAAUGCUAAAGUUGAA